AUGCUCCACUCGCCCCGCAUCCCGACGCCUAGCUCGUCCGACGAUGGAGUGAUGUACCGCGGCGCAGCCGUGCUCGCCGGCCCGCUCGCCGGCCCGCUCGCCGGCCCGCUCGCCGAGCGACAGGACCAGCAGCAGUACUUCGGCGAGGGCGGCCCAGUCCCGGGCGGCCCAGGCGGCCCAUUCCCGGGCGUGGCCGGCCCCGGGGGGCAGCCCCGCUUCCCACUCGGCGGCCCGGGACCCCCGCCGUUCCAGCAGGACAUGCCGCCCCGCUUCCCGCACGAGAUGGCCGGAAGAUUCCCGAUGGGAGGUCACUUCCCGCAGGACAUGCCCCGGUUUCCAGGUGACGCCGUGCCGCAGUCUCCGCAGAUGUUCCCGUACGUGAUCCAGCCGCCGGCGACGCCCAACAUCCCACAGCUACCAGAGGGCGUUGCCAUGCCGCCGCUGCGGGGUUCCGCCCCCUCCUCGCUCGCAGAGAUGGCGCCGGCGAUGGCCCAGCUCGUCGAGGUGGGGUCACGCUACGGUCGCCCGCCGCUCUGUGGUCUGCAGCAGCAGUCGUCGCUCAGCCAGACCUUCCCCAGCAUGGCGGCAUCGACCCCGCUCGCCGCGCUGCGCGCCCCGCCGCCGCUCAUGUCCCAACCCGUCACGAGUCUGUCACAGAUGGUGUCCAGCCUGCCCGCGGGCGGGACGCCGCCGCCGCUGCAGCCUCGCGUUGUCACGCCUGUCGCCGCGGCAACGACCCCGCAGCCUCCGUCGUCACGCGACACGCCCGACUCGCUCACGCCGCCGCUCUCUCACCCGUCGGGGUCGUCACCGGGUCGCGUUGCCGCGGCGACGGCGUCGUCGUCCUCCCCGGGCCGCGCGGCGGACGCCUCCCGACGCAACGGGUCGGUGGAGCCGGACGCUGGCCAGCAGGGGGCGCCGGACGCAGCGAGGGAGCGGAUACCACAGGUUGAUGGCGCCGGCAACGACUGGAUUCCACAGCUAGAUGGCGCCGGCGAUGAGAAGCAGGAACAGCCGGCGGUUCCGCUACGGGUGGCGCCACCGUCCGUCGUCGUGAAGCGCGACGCGGCGGCCGACGAAUCGGACGACGAGACGCGUGCCGACGGUGGCGCCAUCGUCAUCGCCACGCAGCAGUUUGUCCACGACUACGCCAAGUCAGAGCCAGGUGGCGCCACGGGUCCGGCGACGACGAGUAGCGUCCGCGCCACCUAUGCAGCGACGACGAGCGUCGCUAGCGCCACCUACACGGCAACGAUAAGCACGACUAACCCGGCGAUGGUGACCACGGCAACGAGCGCCGCUAGCGCCACCUACCAGCAGCCUGCGAGCGCCGCUAGCGCCACCUACCAGCAGCCUGCGAGCGCGAAUGAUGGACACACUGUCAGUGCCGCCCAGUCAGCGAUGACUGCAGGUGACGCGUCAGUGUCACACGUCGUCACAUCUGAGAGGGAUGCGGUGUCCCACACUGUCAGCUCUGAUAAGGAUGCGGUGUCCCACACUGUCAGCUCUGUGGAGGAUGCAGUGUCCUGCGUGGCCACCAGCAGCAGUCCUGCAGUAUCAGCUGUCCCGCCACCUACAAGCAGUGUGUCGCCGGUGGAUCAACCCACAGCUGUCAGUGAUGUGCCGGCGUCCCUCCCUACAUCUGUGAACGUAUGCCAACCUACAGCAACUAGCAGUGUGCCGGUGUCUGACCCCAUACCUGCCAGUGUUACGGUGUCCCACCCCACGCCUAGCACUGUAUCAGUGUCUAACCCCACGCCUAGCAAUGUAUCGGUGUCCCACACCACGGUACCCAUUGAUGUGCCGGUGUCUGUUACCACAGCACCUACUAGUGUGGCAGUGUCCCAUCCCACAAUAACUAGCAGUGUGUCAGUAUCCCAGCCUACACCUGCCAAUGUUUCAGUGUCCCUCCCCACACCUAGCAGUGUUUCAGUGUCCCUCCCCACACCUAGCAGUGUUUCAGUGUCCCUUCCCACACCUAGCAGUGUUUCAGUGUCCCUUCCCACACGUACGAGUGUUUCGGUGUCCCAACCCAUAGUACCUACUAGUGUAUCGGUGUCCCACACCAUGCCAUCUAGUAGUGUGCUAGUGUCCCAGCCUACAGCAGCCAGCAGUGUAUCGGUGUCCCACCCCACAACCACUAGCAGUGUUACAGCACCUUGUCCCACAGUGUCUAGCAGUGCGUCAGUAUCCCAGCCUACACUUAGCAAUGUAUCGAUGUCCCACACUACACCUGGGCAGGUUUCGGUGUCCCACCCCACACCUAGCAGUGUUCCAGUCACCAUCCAUACACCUGGCACUGUGUCAGUGUCCCACCCCACACCUACUAUCACUGUGUCGGUGUCUGUCCCCACAGCAACCACUAGUGUAUCAAUGUCCCUCCCAUCUCCUGCCAGUGUUUCAGUGACCAUCCCCAGAUCUGCCAGUCUAUCAGUGUCCCUUCCCACACCGAGCAGUGUUUCAGUAGCCCAUCCCAUAUCACCUACGAGUGUAUCGGUGUCCCACACCAUGCCAUGUACUGCAUCGCUGUCCGUUGCCACGGCAACCGCCGGCAUCUCGUCCGACCUCUCCGUGUCCGCAGCAUCCACCGCCACCGCCAGUUCUACGUCGACCGUGGCUCCCUCUGAUGGCAGCACGAUGGGCGGCGCGGUGGCAGGGGUGGAGCUGGGUGUGGCAGGGGCGGAGCUGGGCGUGGCAGGGGCGGGGCCAGGCGUGGCCACGACGCGACCCCCGCACAUCUCGCGUCUCGAGUGGAAGAUCUCCGCUCUGCAGGCGAAGGUGACGCGCGAGGACGCGCUGGCUCACCCGCCAGGGGGCGCUGCCGCCGCCGCGGGGGAGACGACGGUGAAGAUGGAGGAGCUUGAGCAGGGGGAGACCUGCCAGAGGGCGCUGUACCGGCCGUACGAGGACACGCCCCCGCCGCCGCCGCCGGCCGCCGGUCAUCCUCACGGCAGCGACGAUGACCGCCGCGAGAUCAAGAUAGAGACGGACGACGCCGCGGUGGUGCCCCCCGGCGGCGCCGUAUCGUUCUCCGUCACGUCGAUGCUGACCGCGCCAACGACGACGACGACGACGACGACGACGACGGAAACAAGUGAGCGUCGGGCGGCGACGGCGGGGGGCGGGGCGCCGGUGAUUGCGGAGGUGCGGUCAGACCCGGAGCUGCUGACGAUGCACAUGACCGGAGCCUGCGAGAACGGCAAGACGGAGGGUCAGCAGUUGGAGGAGGAGGAAGAGGAGGAGGAACUGAAGGAGGAGGAGACGGGCGGUGGCGAUGCCAAGGACCGCGCGGAGUCUGUCGGCGAUCGACCGGCGACAGGUGUUGGAUGCGAGGCGGAGGCUGCGGACGGGGAAUCAGGAAGCCAGAACGUGCUGCUCAAGCAGCUGCUGCAGUCCACCACGUCUGCCGAGUCAUCGCCCGGCGACAACGCCCCCGACGACGACGACGAUGAUGACGACACGGCCCUUCCACACAGGUGCCGGGCCCUCAGCAGAGACGCCGCCGCGCCGCGGCCACUGCCGGAGGCAGACAGCAAGCCGCCGCCGCAUGUGUCCGUCGCGGACGCCGCGCCACCGGCCGCCGCUGCCGUGCAAUCACAGGAACUGCCAGCAGAGGGCGCCGUGUUGCCGAGCGGCGCCGAGACGGCGAGCGCGGCGAAAACAAGCGAGCAGCCGUCGGGAUUGCUGCAGUCGGCGCGGGAAGCUGGGGUAGGCGGACACGGCGUCUGA